CGCGGGAAGCAGACUGGGAGGCGGAGGAGGAGCCGUGGAACGGGAAGCGCUCGCAUUGUUGCCAAGUUGCUCGGCUUCGAGCGCGGGAAAGAGAACGCUGGAGCGCGACCAACCGCCGGGGAAAAAAGAUACACAACGUUCCAUUUGCGCCGCGUCGAACGCGCGGGGAGGCUGCUGCAGCGACCAGCGCCGCCGCUGAUCAGGGAAGUGCCCCGCCUGGAUCUCGCUAACUACUUGCCCCUUCCUUCCUUCCUUCCUUUCUUCCUGCCUGCCCCGAUCUCUCUGCGGUCUACGGAGAGGCAAGCUGGGAUCCAUCCCGGCCAAACCCUCCUCCCAUGGAGAACUUCCAGAAGGUGGAGAAGAUCGGCGAGGGCACCUACGGCGUGGUCUACAAAGCGAAGAACAAAGUCACCGGGGAGGUGGUGGCGCUUAAAAAAAUCCGCCUGGACACGGAGACUGAAGGCGUCCCAAGUACAGCCAUCCGGGAGAUCUCCCUGCUAAAGGAGCUGAACCACCCCAACAUUGUCAAGUUGCUGGAUGUGAUCCACACCGAGAACAAGCUCUACCUGGUCUUUGAGUUCCUACACCAGGACCUCAAGAAGUUCAUGGAUUCUUCAUCUGUGAUCAGUGGCAUAGAGUUGCCCCUUACCAAGAGCUACCUGUUCCAGUUGCUGCAGGGACUUGCCUUCUGCCACUCUCACCGCGUGCUCCACCGCGACCUGAAGCCACAAAACCUCCUCAUCAACGCAGAGGGAGCAAUAAAACUGGCCGACUUUGGGCUCGCUCGUGCGUUUGGUGUGCCUGUGCGAACCUACACGCAUGAAGUGGUGACCCUCUGGUACCGAGCUCCAGAAAUUCUCCUGGGCUGCAAAUACUACUCAACAGCUGUGGACAUAUGGAGCCUGGGUUGCAUCUUUGCCGAGAUGAUAACCCACAGAGCCCUCUUCCCUGGGGACUCUGAAAUCGACCAGCUCUUCCGCAUCUUCAGGACCCUCGGCACGCCGGAUGAGACUGUGUGGCCAGGUGUCACUUCUAUGCCCGACUACAAAUCCAGCUUUCCCAAGUGGGCCCGACAGGACUUCAGUAAGGUAGUGCCACCUUUGGAUGAGGAGGGCAGGAAACUCCUAGCGCAAAUGCUGCAUUACGACCCCAACAAGAGGAUCUCGGCCAAGACCGCGCUUAACCACCCCUUCUUCCGGGACGUCACAAAAGCCGUGCCGCACCUCCGCCUUUGAGAUGAGAGGAGAGUGGGGCCAGCAAACCUGCCCUCUGGCAAACUCAGCAGCCCGUCCCUUCUUGGAUUUUGCCAGGUGCCUGCACUUAGAAAAGACUUUUCUCAGCUUCACCGUGAAUGGAAAACUGGAGAUCCAGCCCACACCUUUGGGGUUGUUUUAUAUUUACUCUUGGGUUUAUUUUAAAGUACUAGCUGAGUGUGAAGGAUGCCUCGCAGAAGCCCCCAGAGACAGCCGCUGCAGGAAGUCUAAUUGCUCAGGAGGCUACAGUGUCAUUCCUUUUUUAAAAAAAAAACAACAACCCAGGAUUUCUGUCUCUUUUCCCUUGGUAACUUUUACAAAGCGUCUUCUGUAUUGCCGUGACUCACUCAAUUCCAACUUCCUCUGCAAAGGUCAGCUGUGCAUUUGCUUGAGCGGUCCUUGCUUCCAGCAGCCAGAGAUGGCGUCUUUCUGAUUUGGAUCAUGGGUAUUGGUUGCUGCUUGCAUGAUUAAGUCCUCCUGAUGCUGGCAGAGGUGCUCACCAUUUCCUUUCAGAUGGGAUACUCAAUGAGGACUAUGCACUUAACUAUCCACUUUUCACAAGCAGGAAUAUUUCCUUCUGUAAAGGAGCUGAGCAAUGCCUGCAAUAUACGAAUGUGAUAUUCCUCAUUGCACCAGUGAUAGCAGUCAAGAGAGUCUGGUAGCCUUUUCCUGAUGGACCAUGGUUUGUGAUGCUGGCUGGUUGAAGCCCUUGGAAAAAGAAAUUGGACUGUCAAAGCUCAUAAGAACAGCUUGCUAACCAGCCACGUAACCACUGUCUGUAUAUUCAUUGGGGGCAAUGGGCAUAACCCUAUUCACUUUCCAAUAUCUUACUGUCUUGUCUCCUGUACGUGCCUUUCUGGUCUGUGGCAUUGAGUUAUUAGCCUUUCCAUCUGUGUGGGUGAGUGGCCAAUUUAAGAGAAGGUGGGAAAUAUUGCAGAAGCUUUGCCCUUCUGUACUUAUCUGCAACUGGACUUUCAGUUCGUUGCUCUUUGGGCUCAAACUUAUUUUUGGUAAACUAGCAAAGCCCUCAGGUGGAAUGGAUCUGCCAAGUAGCUUUGUCUUCAAGCAGUGUGUUGUGUGAAAAUAGAUUGAUAACAAAAAUUGUGUGUGAGUGCUUGUUAAUUUUUUGAAGUUCAGGUGUGAGAAUAUUAAAGGGAUAAAAUUGCAGUUAUUUCUCCCCUCCCCUCUUGUAUUUUAGCCAAAAUAGUGCAACUCCUACCUUCAGUUGGGGAAUUAUUAUUUGUGAACUGCACUGUUCCAAGCUGCAAAUGUCAACACCUCUAUCUUUGUGCUACUAUGCCUUGAAGACACUCAGACCUCUCAGGUUAUUUCAGUGAAAUAGUGAAAUGCAAGGAAUAGAUGUGAUUUGAGGUGCAGACAAACAUUUAAUCUAUGGGCAGAAAUUUAAACUUUCAAUCCUGAUUAGUUUCUUAUAAAUUACAUGUGAUGAACUAGAAUUCUAAGCUUUUAGAACUAGUAUGAUUGGUAGAGAUCACUCAGUCACCUGGAUUGAGCUAGUGAUAAAGCUUGUCCGCAGAAAGCAAGAUUCACUAAAUAUAAAGUAUAAAACCCUAAAGGCAGCCUGCACAGUGCACUGGUGUUGCAAUACCUUGAAUAAUCUAAACAAAGUAUCUUUGCCCUUUUUAUAGUAAAAUUUAAAGAUGUUUUUCUAGUUGUUUUGGCAAAUCCCACUUACCAAUGAAUAGUGUGAUGGGUCCAAAAUGUGAGACUUCUGUAAAGCAAGGGAUCAUUUCUAUUUCUGUAAGGUUUUCAUUCUUUUUUUGUAACUUAAGAGGUAUGUUGGAGCGAUAUACACAUUUUAUACAAGAAAAUGUGUUCUGUGAAGUAACAUUGCCUAUUCUUCAAAUUCAGUGAAUAUUGAAGGGAGGGAGUUAUCCAUUCAUCAUAAGCCAUAAUCUAGUCUUCAUUCAUGUAUGAAGUGUCUGGUGUUUUGGGUCUAGAUGAAGGCUUACUUUUAACCAUUCUUAAAUAUAUUCCCUCUGUGAACAACUGUAUUCUGUAUGAAGACAACAUGCUAACCUGGCAGAUGUGAAUGGGUCUUCAUUGAGAAAGUGUGGUACAGUAUUUUGCUUCCAUUAAGCUGAAAAUAUGGUAGCUCCAGAUAGCUUUUAAAUGCCAGCAAUACACCAUCCAGAAAAUGUCAAGGUAGAAAGGGUUUUGUUCCCCUCCCCAUAGCACUAUGCAUACACAAUAUUUAGAAGUGAGACUUUUCUUCUCUCUUCCACCUCCCCUUCAUCUUUCAGCUAGAAGAUGUUUAUAUAUUUAUAACGCUGUUGUUGUUUUUAAAAAGAGUUCUGGUUUUGUAUAGAAUUUGUUAGUCUAAGCACCUUGUAAUUAAACUUUUUAAAGGGAAAAAAAUUAUUUUUGUCCUUUCCUUGGUAGCUCUUUGCAAGACAGAUGUUUCUAAAAUAUUGUGGCACUAGUACAUUUAACUCAUUAAAAUAUCUGUACUUUUUAAACAUG